UGAGCUUCAACAAGCUGACCCGCCUCCAUUCUUCGCUGUACCUCUCUCUACGUAACAUCGCGACUGAUGUUAACAUGGUCGGCAACAGGUGGCGCUGUGACUGCAGCAUGCGUAAUAUAAGAAGAUGGAUGGCUUACGACAGGAGCAGAGACAUUUACGCCAAGGGUUUGGUUUGUGCUGACCCGCCCGUCCUGGCCGGCAAAGACCUGCUACAGUUGGAGGACGACGAGCUGAUCUGUCGUACACCUGACACUGAACCACAGCUCCACCAAGACAUUAUGGUGGACAGAGGCUCAGAGGUUCUGUUGUCCUGCGCCUCAGAAGAUCCAUUAUGGUGGACACCCAGUAGUAAGGCUAUGAAGCGACUUCAGUCUACUCUUCUCAUCAGCGAUGUUACGGAGGAAGACACGGGUCUUUACGUGUGUUUGUCUAAGGACCAUAAGGUUGUGUCCGUCUUUCACCUCCAAAUCAGAGCAAACAGAAAACCUCGAAGCGUAUCUGGAAGCAGCCAGCUGAUAAUACCACAAGUACCUGCAAACAGGUCGGCUGAAAAAAGGAAUAGGAAUGCUAAACAAUCUGACUUGACACUAGCGGUCUGUCUGUCCGUCUUCAUCACAUUUCUGGUUGCCUUCAUCCUUGGAGUACUUGCAAGACCUUGUAUCGAUGUUCUCUGGAGCAGAAUCACCAAGAAAAAGAGCUCCCCUGCAUCUGACUCUGUCUCAUCUGCGAGACAAUAUGACAACGAGGCCUACUCCGAAGAAGAGUCCCAGGAGGUGGUACAACAUCACAGGGAAAGGAGAGUCACAUUUAGCAAGGUGGACUUCAGGGAGGGAGAAAAUAUGGAAUAUUAUGACACCAUUAUCAGCAGUGGACAGGAAAGAACAGAUGAUGCAGUCAUUGAAAGUGAGACAGUCAGUGCUAAGACGCAACAAAAGGAUGAUUCAGGAAGUGAAUCCGACAGGAAUGGUUCAGAGGUUACGAGAGAGCACUCAAGACAAAACCAAGAGGUUGUAGACAUUGCAAGUGGCAGCAAAGUGGAAAAAAGGAGAGGUUCGUCAUGCAGCUUAGGUUCCUCACUUUAUGAUGAAGUAUCACAUGAGGACCAGUUUAUCCACAAGCCCUUUGAAAGAGAAAAAGACACUGUUCAACAGCGAGGUAAUUCCUAUAAGUCAAAUAAACCUCAAACUUUAAAUGACACCACGAGUGAAAUAGGCAGAGGGGUAGCAGAUACCGAGCUGUGGCAGGAAAGUGAAGAACAGUUUGACUUUAGCGAUUCCGUCCGCAGCACAUCUCCUAGAACCAGCAGCCGGAUUGGCUCUUUUAAUCAUUCCGAACAAAUUGUGAAGCUGGGGACGUUGAAGAGAGAGGAAUCCUCUAGCUCUAGCUCAUACGUCAGUGACAAUGAACCUUCACAUUACACUGUCAACCCAGACGAAGAGGAUGUGGAGGAGGAACAAAGAAGAAGCCAAACAGAAGCCAGGGUCUCCGUUCCUCAAAGACCUGACAAUGGUGAUGGCAGACUACCGCCACUGAGAUCAAAGCACUUCUCUUCCCCUCAAUCCAGUGACACUGAUGAUGAUUCUGGUGCUUAUCCGGCUCAUCCAUCCUGUUCCAGCGGUGAGAGCAGUGAGGAACAUACCCCAAAAAAUCCCAUAGUAGUUGUAGAUGUUAAGUCACCAUCAGCAAUGUCAUUCCUUGGUGAAGAUGAGACGCAUGUAAAAAGACAACGGUCACCAGCAAUAAACGACCCAGAAACACACUGGCCUACCCUCGAUGUGGAGCACAUACCACGCAUUAAUAGGCAUCUAGAUAUUAAAAGAACUCAUUCACUCUCAAGCAGUGACAGUGAAGACAGCACAAGACCAGACCCAGAAUUGUUGUGGCCUGCAAUCAAUGUGUUGGAUACCAAGGCACCUGGAGACUAUGCUCAAACAGCAAAUCACAGAAACAGGCCCAGGCCAGGGGUAGUAGGCACAUCAGGAGUUCCAUCUUUGAGUUCAAGUAGUGACAGCGAGAAAAGGACAGAGGACACAAAAGUAUCUUAUGAAAUGGAUGCUACCACUGCACGGCAUCGCACUAAAGAAGGCUGGCCAGUGCUUGAUCUUGAGCGUCCUAUCCCAGUCCAGAGGCGUUUAGAUAUUAAAUCACCAACUUUAGAUUUAUCAUCCAGCAGUGACAGUGAGGAUGCAACUACUAAUCACAUCACAGAGCAUGAGCUAAAGACCACAAAUGUAACAAGUUACCCCAUUAAAGGGCCACCAACACCAAGUCAUGAACCACAAAGACUUUGGCCCUCAGUUGAUCUUGAAGAUUCUUUCAGAAUUAAGAGGCGUUUAGAUUUUAAAGUGCUGGCGCCAGCUUCAGAAUUCUCAUUCAGCAGCGAUACUGACAAUGAAAUGAUAAAAAGCAUCACUAAACAAGAGCAAGGGGCUACAAAUGUCACUAAAUACCGCAUUAAAACAUUGCCAACACCAACUGAACAACCACAAGGACCUUGGCCCCUAGUUAAUCUUGAGGAUUCUUUUAGAAUUAAGAGGCGUCUAGAUUUUAAAGUGCCAUCCCUAACUUCAGAUUCAUUGAUUAGCAGCAAUCGUGAGAAUGAAACUACGAUUCGCAUCACAAAACAGGAGCAAGGGUCCAAAAAUGUAGCUAGGAACCCAGUUAAAGCAUUACCAACAUCAAGUCAUGAACCACAAAGACGUUGGCCUUCAGUUGAUCUUGAAGAUUCUUUCCGAAUAAAGAGGUGUUUGGAUUUUAAGGUGCAGUCACCCACUUCAGAUUGGUUGUCCAACAGCAGCAUUGAGGAGGAAACGAUUGAUCGUGUCAGUGAACAGAAGCAAAAUACCACAAAUAUAACAAGGUACCCCAUUAAAGGUCCACCAACACCAAGUCAUGAACCACAAAGACUCUGGCCCUCAGUUGAUCUUGAAGAUUCUUUUAGAAUUAAGAGGCGUUUAGAUUUCAAGGUGACCUCGCCAACCACAAAUUUUUCAUCCAGCAGUGAUAGUGACAAUGAAACUACAAAUCGCAUCACCAAACAGGACCAAGGGGCCACAAAUGUAGCCAGGAACCCAGUUAAAGCAUCACCAAGACCAAGUCAUGAACCACAAAGACUUUGGCCAUCAGUCGAUCUUGAAGAUUCUUUCAGAAUAAAGAGGCGUUUAGAUUUUAAAGUUCCGUCACCAACUUCAGAGUCUUCAUCCAGCAAUAGUGGGGAUAAAACUACAAAUGGCAUCAUCAAACAGGAGCAAAUGGCCACAAAUGUAACUAGGUACCCCAUUAAAAUGUCACCAAAAAAUCCACCACAAGGACCUUGGCCCUCACUUGAUCUUGAGGAGUCUUUCCGAAUAAAGAGGUGUUUGGCUUUUAAGGUGCAGUCACCAACUUCAGAUUGGUUGUCCAGCAGCGAAAUUGAGGAGGAAACGAUUGAUCGUGUCAGUGAACAGAAGCAAAAUACCACAAAUAUAACAAGGUACCCCAUUAAAGGUCCACCAACACCAAGUCAUGAACCACAAAGACUCUGGCCCUCAGUUGAUCUUGAAGAUUCUUUUAGAAUUAAGAGGCGUUUAGAUUUCAAGGUGACCUCGCCAACCACAAAUUUUUCAUCCAGCAGUGAUAGUGACAAUGAAACUACAAAUCGCAUCACCAAACAGGACCAAGGGGCCACAAAUGUAGCCAGGAACCCAGUUAAAGCAUCACCAAGACCAAGUCAUGAACCACAAAGACUUUGGCCAUCAGUCGAUCUUGAAGAUUCUUUCAGAAUAAAGAGGCGUUUAGAUUUUAAAGUUCCGUCACCAACUUCAGAGUCUUCAUCCAGCAAUAGUGGGGAUAAAACUACAAAUGACAUCAUCAAACAGGAGCAAAUGGCCACAAAUGUAACUAGGUACCCCAUUAAAAUGUCACCAAAAGAUCCACCACAAGGACCUUGGCCCUCACUUGAUCUUGAGGAGUCUUUCCGAAUAAAGAGAUGUUUGGCUUUUAAGGUGCAGUCACCAACUUCAGAUUGGUUGCCCAGCAGCGAAAUUGAGGAGGAAACUAUUAAUCACCUAGAGGAACAGAAACAAAAGACCACAAAUAUAACACCGUACCCCAUAAAAAAGCCACCAACACCAAGUCAUGAACCACAAGGACCUUGGCCCUCACUUGACCUUAAGGAUUCUUUCCGAAUAAAGAGGUAUUUGGCUUUUAAGGUGCAGUCACAAACUUCAGAUCGCUUGUCCAGCAGCGGUAUUGAGGAGGAAACUACUAAUCGGGUCAGUGAACAGAAGCAAAAGACCAUAAAUAUAACAAGGUACCCCAUUAAAGAGCCACCAACACCAAGUCAUGAACCACAAAGACUCUGGCCCUCAGUUGAUCUUGAAGAUUCUUUCAGAAUUAAGAGGCGUUUAGAUUUCAAGGUGCCACCAGCAACCACAGAUUCACACAGCAGUGAUAGUGACAAUGAAACUACAAAUCGCAUCACUAAACAGGAGCAAGUGUCCACAAAUGUAAUUAGGUACCUCAUUACAACACUGCCAACAUCAACUGAACCACAAGGACCUUGGCCCUCACUUAAUCUUGAGGAUUCUUUUCGAAUAAAGCGGCAUUUGGCUUUUAAGGUGCAGUCACAAACUUCAGAUCGGUUGUCCAGCAGCGGUAUUGAGGAGGAAACUACUAAUCGCGUCAGCGAACAGAAGCAAAAGACCACAAAUAUAACAAAAUACCCCAUUAAAAGGCCACCGACACAAAGUCAUGAACCACAAAAACUUUUGCCCUCAGUUGAUCUUGAAGAAUCUUUCAGAAUUAAGAGGCGUAUAGAUUUCAAAGUUCUGUCACAAACUUCAGAUUCUUCAUCCAGCAACGAUAGUGAGGAUGAAACUAAUAAUCACAUAAUUAAACAAGAGCAAGUGACCACAAAUGUAACUAGGUACCCCAUUAAAACGGCACCAAAAGAGCCACCACAAGGACCUUGGCCCAUUCUUGAUCUUGAGGAUGUUUUCCGAUUAAAGAGGCGUUUGGAUUUUAAAGAACAGUUAGCUUCAGAUCAGUUGUCCAGCAGUGACAGUGAGAAUGAAACUAAUAAUCACGUCACAAAGCAGGAACAAAAUAUGACGAGGUACCCCAUUAAAGGAUCACCAAUACCAAGUUGUGAACCACAAAGACUUUGGCCCUCAGUUGAUCUUGAAGAUUCUUUCAGAAUUAAGAGGCGUUUAGAUUUUAGAGUGCUAUUACCAGUUUCAGAUAUUUCUUCCAGGAGCUAUAGUGAGGAUGAAACUACAAAUCGCAUUACAAAACAGACGCAGAAGGAACCAAAUGUAGUUUGGCAACCAAUUAAAAUAUCCACAACAACAAGUCAUGGCCCACAAGGACCUUGGCCAACACUUGAUCUUGAGGAUUAUUUUCAAAUAAAGAGGCGUUUGGAUUUCAAAGUGUCAUCACCAACGUACGCAUUCAGCAGUGACAGUGAAACAACCAACUCCGUAACAAAGCUGGAGCCAAGGGCCACAAAUGUAGUUUGGCAUCCCAUUAAUGUAUCACCAACACUAAGUCAUGAACAACAUGGGCCUCGGUCCUCACUUGAUCUUGAGGAUUCUUUCAGGAUAAAAAGAAGGUUAGAUAUCAAAGGACCAUCACCAAUUUUGAAUUCAGAGACUACAAGUGUACUUAGACAUCCCGCUAAAGGACCACCAACACAGAGUUAUGAAGCACCACGACUUUGGUCGACACCAACUUCAGAUUCAUCGUCCCGUAGAGAGAGUGAAGAUGAAACCAAGUCAGUGACUGUUCACACUACAAGCCAAGAUCAGGAUAAAAGGUGGCCUGCGCUUGGUAUUAAGCGCAAUCCCCGCAUCCAGAGACGACUCGACAUCAGAGCCUCAUCGCCCCCUCCGAGUCGUACAACUGGCAGCAAUAGUGUGGGGGAAACACCAGCUCAUGUUGAGACCAUUGUUCAACUUUCAUCAAACAAAUCUCAGUACGCAGGAACCCAGUGGCCCUCCGUGGAUCUUGGCCGAGGUACUCGCAUCAAGCGGCGCUUGGACUUCAAACAGACAAGGUCCUCUGCUGACAGAAAAGACCAUACAUUUGGAGGAAACCCACCCAGCAGCUCAGAUGAACAAGAGGACAUGCUGGAACUUGCAGGUGACACAAAAACAAUGCCACGAUCAAAUUUGGUCAUUAAAAGACGGUUGGACAUCAGAGCACCGUCUCCGCAGUCACAUCUGAGUUCUAGCAGCGUUUCUUCUGAAGCUCGGCAUUCUGAAUCUUCCACGAGCAAUGUGGAGUACAAAAACAAAGAUCCCAAAGACUUGCCCAAAGGAUCCUAUAAAUCCCCAGUUAUAAGCUUCCCUCAUAGUCCCAAGAAAGAUCCGUACAUUACAUUAGAAAAAUACUCUGUUGCAGAAGAUGCAGGAGACAAAACCAUCAGUAUGACACCAAAUAUUAACCCAGAACUUGAGUCGCAGUGGGCCAACAUGCAGCUGGGAUUUUCCCGCUUCAGAAAACGCCUUGAAAUUACAUCACACGCACGUGUACCAACCGCGCUGUCAUCAUCACAUCCACCUGACUCCCCGUCCUCACCCAGCAGUAAAAGCAGCGGUUGGCGAGGAAUCGAACACACAGAAUCACCACGAGACGAAACUGACAGGAAGUCAAGACUAUCAUCUGUACUGCCUGGAGUAGGCGUACAGCCUCCUGCUGCACUUCAAGAACUGCGCUCAUCCUCCAGCAGUGAGAAUGAAGUGGAAUCAAUAGAUUAUACCUGGCGGAGAGACAAAUUACCGACUCCAUCUCUUUAUGGAACUAAGCCAGCUCCUACCAAACUACAAACAGAGAAGUCACAAGUCAGCGUCUUCCCUAAUGCAAAUGUAAGCACAAAUUCUCAGAGGCAAAUAGAGAAAUCAGAUGGGACUCUGCAACAUAGCCUAAUUGACUUGAAUGUAGACGUUUCUCGCAUGACGACACCGCAAUCCACAGAUCACACGUCAACCAAUGAGAUGAUGGACGACACAGCGACGUAUCCCAGCUACUCACCGAUACAAUACAGGCGCUUAAUUAUCAAAGCCUCAUCUUUACCAAGUACUACCUCCUCCACCAGGGAAGUGACUACAAAGCAUGGUUCAUCUUAUAGCACCAGAUAUCAGUACCCAUCUCUUGGCCCAAGGACAGCCCCCAGUCAGAGCUUUCAGGAUGUGCUAAACAGACAGUUUAGACCCUUUAAGAGCGCCACAGAGGAAGACCUAACAUCAGAAAUGCGGUGGAGCGGCGUCAGUGGCAGACUGUCUGAUCUAUCCAUUGGCCAGCAGCAAGAACUACAGACCACAAGCAGUAAUUCUUUGUCGUCAGUCAGCACUGAUGCAAUGUGGAACAGACGGACAGCCGACAAAAGAGAGAAGCGCGGACUGAGCGCCCUGAGAGCAAUGUCGUCUGAGAGAGAAACAUGGGACAGAGAAGAAAGUGUGGACCCUCCAAGUGAUGCUCUGGGAAGUUUCCAACAUGAGUCAGAGUUACUCUUCUCUGCUCGCUCAGCAAGCAGCAGAGCCACAGAUUUUUCCUAUGACAUUCCCCGCUACAGGACACAUGCGCAGCCGGCUCAGGAGAUUCCGCCUCCCAUUCCGGAGACACCGCUGCCGGACGAGGCCGUGGAGUUAAGUGGGCGCUCAGCCCAGAAAACGGAAACCAUAAGUUUCUACCGCUCAGACAUCAGCCAGGUUUAGUAAAGAAAAAACUAAACUGAUGGAUCAGGACUUAAUAAGGAUUUAAAUACUUUUUUUUUUAAUGAUUUUCAAGUAAGAUAAUGUGAGAUUUUCAAUUAUUUGUAUUACUCAUUGUACUGAGCAGCCUUUCCCAUGGCCCUGCAAGUUGCUGGAACCAUGGUCAUCGUAAGAUUAAAUGUAAGAGUUUUUUAAAAAGUUUGCGUUUUUUUUUUCUUCUUUUUUUAAAAGAGAAUUGUACCUUUUGG